AGACCUACAAAAGACGUAGACGGAAUUCCCCAAACAGUAGUAGUUGAGUUAGAGGAGUGUCACAGGAGAUGUGGGAGAGAGGAACGCGAGCCCGAGUUCCGACUGCGAAGUGAUUGUUUAUUUGUUCAGUUGGACUGGAAUUAGAGAUUGAGACGGAAAGUACGACGCGGGAUACGCAGACGGGAAGUAACGAGAGUAAGCGAGCAUACGGUGGAACGUACGGAGAAGACGCCCGUGCUCCGUGUAUACAGGUUCCUCGGACCUUCGAACCUCGCCCACAGCGAAAAAGAGAAAGGGGAUCGAUCUUCCCGGGAGAGAUUCGGCGGAAGGAGGUGCGCGCGGGAGGCAAACCCAGGCCAGGACGGAAAAAAGAGCCUUGACAGCAGCCCCGGUAGACCAAGGCAAACAAACACAACGGCCCGUCCGCCAUUUUGGAUAGACGAGUCGUUGUUGUUGCGUCGGGGGAGGGGGGGAGCAAGCGGAGCGCGUACCGCUUUUCCGUCACGUAGGCCACACAGGACGAGGAGGAAGGAUAGAUUGUGCUAAGGUGGCUAACGGUCACCGGAUGUGGUCGAAUUUGCGAGGAACGCGCACUGGGAGGACCGCGAGGGAAGAAGAAGAGCUCGAGGCGAGGUAGCAUCGCGCUAACAGGUCCCCAGGGGGGGAGGUGCCCCACCGCGUAGUCACCACGUCGUCGUCCCCACCAUCGCUCUGCCCUGGAUACCGUGAUUAUUGCGCAGUUGGAAAAAUUGUUCAACAGAGACGCGGGACAUUGUCGUUCCUUGGAGGCGAUUCGCCAACGUUUACCGGCCGAGUUGGCUGACGAGGAGAUCUUGCAAGUCGAGACGGAAAAGAAUAGAUAGAACAAACAUCCGAGCCAUGACGAACUCCGCGCCCAAGUUAGACAGCGCCAAGGUGGAUCGGCAGGCCUCGCCGAAGGUCGGGUAUCAACUUCAUCACAACAGCCUUUAUCAGAAUCGUUCCAGCAGCAGUAAAUCGUCGCCGUUCCUAUACAAAAACGGCCGCCACGCGGUCAGAAACGCCAAGGAUGGACGGCAGAGCUGCAGCCCAUACAGCCCAUCGUCCAAGAGCGCGAGAAACUCGCCGCAGCAGCAGCAACAGCAACAGCAGCAGCAGCAACAAUCGCCUCAUCAGCAACAACAGCAGCGCAGUCUGAGCAGCAGUCCGACCAACAACUUCUACGCGGGCGCUAAGUUCUCGGAAACUCCGUCGCCCGCGAGCGUGCCUAAGCCGCCGAGUCGUUGGACGAGCAGCAGACUGAUGAGCACCUGCCGCCAGUCGGACAAGGCGUGCGAGUACACGAGGCAACUGCGCAUAGUGCUGAACGUCCAGGCCUGAUACCCAAGGACCAAGGACGCAUUGUAUAUUGGUGACGUGCGAGGAGAAAAAGGAGGAAGAAGAGAAGAAGAAAGGUGGCGACCGUCAACAGUUCUGAGAGAAUCAGGUAUGAUAGAGAAUCAUCGUCGGUAAAAAAAAAGGGGGAGGGGAGUAUCAUCGACCAAGAGGACCGCGCGAGAGCGAGAGGGACGAUGAUGGCGAUGAUGUGGAUGAAUGUGAAGAUUAUUAUAAUGACAAUGAUGACGAUGAUGACGGUGACACCGUGUGCUGCGGUCCACAUACACAUACAUACGGGUUUUUCGAUUUUAUCGCGCGCGAGUGGAUAACCCGUAAAUCCGUUCUUUACGCUAUAAGAUAUAUACAUCCAACAUUACAAACUUUAAACCUUUACCAUAACGCAGACUAUGCACCGCGAGGAAAGGGGGGAUGACGACGCGGUGCAUCGGUGCGUCCCGAUGCCGCGAUCGAUGUGCACGCGAGAGAAAGAGAGAUACAUUAUUAUAUGUAUUAUACAUAUGCGUUCCGGAACUCCCAUCACACGCGCCAUCAUUGUGACGAAAUGUAAGUAAUACAUUGUAUUUUAGAUUAUCGUAUACCGCUAAAAACUUACAAAAGGAACACAACAAGGAGAGAAGCCCUACAUAUAUAUAUACAUACACAUUAUGUACAUAACAUUCGACACACACAUACACACACAUACAGACAUAACAGCGAGAGAAAAAGGAAAGGAUUGUAGAGUACAUCCUCGCAGUUUGACGAGACGACAAGCGAAGCGGACGAGCGAAGCUGUGCUUCGCGAUUUUUGUCAAACGAUGUAUUUCAAUAUCGACGCGAUGGAAAAGAGGAAGAACAACAAGCGACUGUUGGAGGAAAGCUCGCUUCUCGAGAUACCCGGUGUUCCGAUACGCGUAUUUUUUGUUUUUUUAAAUUAUCCCCUGGUGUUCUAACCGCGUAAUCGACAGAUUACAGAGACGAACGCUGGACAAGCAAUUUGUUUAAUGGCCGCCCGACUAAUGAUCGCAGUAUCACUUCUUUAUUAACGAUUUCUUUCACGAUGACUUUAUCAUUUUGGUAUUACGGAUUGUAAAGAGAGACGCAGCUUCGUAUAGGAGGUUUAUUUCAGGCAACUCCUUUUUUUUUUUAAUUUCCGUUUACUUUUUUCUUUUUUGGGGUUGGAUAUUUUUUAUUUUCUUACUAUUCUGCUGGUCUCUGCUAUUCAUUAUUCUUUACGCGAGAUAAGUAUAUAAAAUGUAAGUUUUGAGUUUUGCAGUGCGCGAGUUACACGAGUGGAUUAAUUGAACGUGACCGACAUGAGGGAGAGAGGGGAGGGAAGAAAUUUGAAUGAGAGGAGAGAAUCGAAUGAUGGAUGCUCUGUAUGUGAACGCUUCGCGGAUACGUUUCGAUAGUUAUCUUAACAUUACGGGAAAUUCACAGAUUUUGAUCACAAAUUCUCGCGCUCUCAAUUUUCAGCGUAAUCUAUUUUCUACAAAAAUCACCGAUGAAUUGUAUGUAACGUAAAUUUGAGAUUUAUUUUUACGAUAACAGGCAGAAGGUGAGGGAAAGAGAGAGAGAGAGAGAGAGAGAAAGGGAGGAAAAGGUAGAAAUUCGACCGUUCUAUCUGUUGCAAAAAUAACGAUCAGAAAUGUCCGUCUUAUUUAUAAUCCCGAUUUUACAACAGCUUCGAUUGUUGCUCAUUUAUUGAUGACUGUUGUUACAUUUGAUGAGAAAUUUGAGUACUAACGUGUUUCCAUUGUUUUGCCUUUGACGCGGUUAUAAAAGAUAAAAUUUUUAAGAGGGAUGAGAGAAUAUUAGCGAUGCGAUUGCAUGGAUUGGUUAUCCUAAUUAACUUAACGCUGUCUGUUCCUUCUUAGCCAUAACAGAAAGAGAUAGAGAGAGAGAGAGAGAGAGAAUAACGGCAUGUAAACUAAAGGAAGAUCAAGAUUUAGAUUUAAAAGCAGGAAUAACAGUUAACGAGAACGGACGUUAACUCGACCCGUCCUUGAAGAGUUGUUCUUCGUGCGAGUUUCUGGAAGUUAUACUUUCUUCUCCUCCUCUUUUUUCUGACUUUUCAAAGUAAUAGAAAAAACGGCGGUCUGGAUUUUUUUUUUGUUAAUCGCAAUGCUUUUUUACGGGCGCAAUUGUCAUAUCAAACUCGCACUACUUCUAUCUGUAAACACUGGACACAGUAAAUGAACUUAAUCUAUAAUACGGUAACGAUAACAAUAAUAUUUAAGGGUAAAUAAAUAACAGUGGUAAUAAAUAAGCUAAGGCCUUAACGAUAUAUGAUAGCGUGGAGAAUACGAUCGAUUUGACAUUGCACAAUCAAAUCGACGUAGUGUGGUUUUGUCGGUUUAGAUUUUCAAAACUUUAAAAAAUUCGUGUGUAUUAACUUUCUUUGUGUUUAUCUGUUUUUUUUUUCUUUUCUUCUAAGAAAACAAAAUUAUUUCAAGCCACAGACUGAGCAAGAAACCUAUUUGACGUAGCGUUUUAAUUAAUGUUCUUUGUUUUUAAGUCUCUCGAUAACUUGCAAUAAUCUCUUGCAACACCCAUGUACAAUUUUCUCUUCUUAUAUCAAUUGCUUUUUUCGGUAUGCGGUAUGAUUUAGACUUAGGCAAGAAUGCAAGAGUUUUGCGAGAUGAGUGUGUGAUUGUGAUAUGCGCGAAUGAGUGAAAAAAAGAGAAUUCAAAAUCGACACGGAGAAAAAAGGAGAGAAGGAGAUCGAUAUCAAAAUUCGCGAUUUUUAUUUUUUCGAUUGCUCGCUCCGUAUCCAUAGUUUUGUAAAGUGAAAUCCUCGAACGAUAUCUAUUGCAACACGAUCGUGAUUGAGAUAGUAACAAUCGGCCGAUUUGAUCUAUGACGAAGGAAAGUAAUGUUUCUACAUAGCAGAGGCAACGGCUGCUUGUCGAAUGUAAAUUUAACGUGCGCACAAGUUUCGUUUUUCUUUGCAUUCAUCGGCGUCAUACGGCUCAAUUGUGACAAGGGGGAGGGGGGCAAUAAGAGUUUGGCAAUUCGUUUUCCGUUCGCCCUCGCAAUUCGAUUUAUGUGCGUAAGAAUUACGAGCGACAGUCGCAGCCCAGAGAUUUUUAUUUUUAUUUUUUUUUUUGUUUUUGUUUUUUUUUUCCAUACGCUCGAUGUACGUACUUUCACGUUCGAAAUUUAAUUUCUCGCUCGCCGCUUUCGUAGCGACAAUAGAUCCUUGCACGUGUCUUAACGUGAGGCAGAAUGGAGACAGUCGUGUCGGAAUUUCAUUUUACGUGACAAUAUAGGGAGCUGAAAAUUGUGGGAGUUAAAUUGUGCAGUAUGCAGGGCAAUAGUACAAAUUUCUUUGUUUUGCAUUGCUUCUUUUAUUUUUCGAUUAUUCUUACGCGGGUUUGGCAACAACGUACGGGACGAUACCGAUUAACAUCUUGGGGUCCAAGAUAUUAUUCCAGUAUUGCUUCGCAUGUUGUUGACGAACUUGCGCUCGUAUUUCGAAACGUUGGGUACGUCCUCAAAUGAAAUCUGUAUAUACAAUUUCUCUUCGAAUUGAACGAAAGUUUGACGAGCCAAUUUUUAUCGUAGCUCUCAAGUUGGGAACUUAUCAAUACGUAAGUUCUCAACAAGUAUACACUUACGUGGGUAUAGCUUCCGAUUCGAUUUUUCUUUUGCGCCAGACAAAUCGGCUCCUUGUGAACCUUGUGUCUACAUCAUAUUUUACUUAUAAAUGCUUCUCGAAUAUUUUGCAUCGCUUUUUAACGAAGUGUAUCGCAUUAUUAUUAGAAACGCCAUACAUAUCAUGCUUUUCUUAAAGCAUAAUCCUUUUUAUACGUUAAUUGUUGUUUUUUUUUUUGUAAUACUUUCAUUGUACUCGCUUCGCACACGCGGUUCUCGCAAACAAUAGCAAUUGUAGAGCCGGCGAGUUGGUUUAGCCGUGAACUCUGUGAACGAUUUCGAAGAGGCACGAGGCAUUCCAAAUUGUUCACAGUUUAAAAAAAUCCUCGGAGCCAGACACGACACGACGAGUUAGCGUCAACUUCGGCGUUAAAAGCUUUCGAUCUCGACGAUGCGCGAGUUUGGGGCCGGGUAAAUCGUCACGGUCUCAGAAUUCGCGAUGGAUCCUUGGGGCGAGGAGGAAACGAAUUAAACACUGCCGUCCGGUGAGAGGAAGAAGGGAGACAGAGGGCUAUGAAAACGUUGUGUAUAUCUGUCGUUGUCGCGAAGACGCGCGCGCCGAUCAGCCACGCGAUCCGGGAAUAACAACGAUGUAAAUGUCAGCCGCUCGAAACGAAACUUAGCUGUAGCUUGGAUUGUACUGCCUAGAUGGGAAUCAGUGCAUUAUUUACCGAUUUGCAGCGCUUGUACGACGGUCAGUGAAUAUUCGCACUGUCUUUUAGCGAUUUCCAUUAUCAGAAUUGGUAUAUUAUUAUUAAAAGACUGCGUUUGUUUCACUGAUCGAUAAGUAAUAUAAGUAGAGCGCUGGAAUCGGACAUUUAGGAAGUGAGGAGCGUGCUCUUUUCCUUCAAAGUAUCGCAGAUCGUGCAAAUAGGACGUUCUUGUCCUGUUGUCUGCGAGAUUCCAGGAGCGCGUUGCUGAAAUAAACUUGAACGUUCGUGAGAGAAAGCCAUGUGUAAUCAGGGAUUUUCGGAGAACGGUGAUGGGCGCCAGGCUCGAAUUUUUCUCUCGUCGAUUUUUUCGCGGCGCAAAUGCGUGUACAACCGACAGUAAAGAAAAACCUAUAUAGAAGACAAACGAAAAGAUCAGGCAAGGAAAAGGAGAGGAAGGAGAAGCCACGCAUGACAGCAAAUCAAUUUAACGAUCAAUCAUUUGACGAAAGGAAGAGUCGAUGUGAAAAAUUAGCUGUGAUGAUGAUAAAUGCUAUUAAUUUUAAUUAAUAACUUUAAUUAACUUUAAUUAAUUGAUAUAAAGUACAUAUAUCUAUAUACAUACAUACAUAUAUGUAUGCCCACACGCGUACGCGCGCGUAUAUAUUGUAUAUACAUAUAUUAUAUAAGAUUUUAAAAAAUUAUAGAGUAAAACCGCUAAGUAGCUUAGGUAUACAAUAAGUAUGGAGGUAAUGUCUUAGUUGGAUAAUGAGAGAAACGUCGCGAUAGAUAAGCGAGCGAAAAGGGAGGGAGAGGGAGAGAAAUGCGUUUUCGCAUUUUCUCUUUUUCUCCCGUUCUCGAAGAGAGAGAGGACAAUUGAAAGGAUUCAAUAAUCCGUAUUCUUCACGCUUUAAUAUUAAUAGACGUGUCUUUUUGAUGGUUCUAUAGGCUGUCGAUACAAUGGGGACGCGCUCGUAGAUUCAAGGACGGAUGAUAGGCACGGAGAGGAAAAGUAGAAAAAGGAAUAAUAGUAAGACCAUAAAACGACUCGGGUGUUUCCAUCUCACAGCUUUAAAAUAAGAUAAACGUCCUAGUGCGACCGGAUCUCUAUAUCCGGACACUUACAAAGAUUUAAAGUUUAAUUGCAAUCUUAAAUAUUUAGGUUACAAUUAAAUUUUAACAUUAUGAUUAAAAAAGACGUUUGAGAUUAAUAGUAAUAAGAUUUUGCGUAAGUGUCCGGAUUUAGAUGUAUGUCCAGCUACUAGACGCUUACCUUACCGAUUCGUCGCAUGAUGACUAUAAAUGCAUACAUACACACAUACAGAUACAGCUGGGUGAUCGUAGUUUUCAAUUUUAACGUGCCGACACGCGGUUGGCUCGUCCCGGAAAGACACGGAUCGAUUUCUCAUCGAUCCGAAACGCCGCGAAGAACGAUUGACAUUUACUACGUUACUGUCACGGACGACGGACCUUGUGAGCGAGACGCAGAGAGGCGCAAAGUUGAAGAGAAAUCUAACGCUUUGCUUGCCUCGUAAUUUAUAUUCCGACAAACUCGCAAUACCUUUUUUUUUUUCGUGGCAACGAAAACGAUGGUGAACUAAAUAAGAAAUCUUAAGGUUCUUAAGAAUCUAUUCAUAAGGAUCAGAUUCCGUCUCAAACGGUUUAAUGUAUUUUGCCUGGCUAGUCAUUUUUCCUCAAUAUACACAUAUAUAUAUUUUUUUAUAAAGAAAUAAUUGUCGAUAACGGACUUGUGGAACUUUACUUUCCGAGAGUUCUGAAUUUUCGAUUCUAUCUCGCGGUAAAUCCAAAUCGCAGCGUAUUCGUCGUUCAAUCAUACACGUGAUAGAAAUAACUGUGUGUGUGUUUGUGUGUGUAUGUGUGCGCGUGUGUACGUGUGAGUGAUCCAUACGUAUGGGCAAUAUUUAUCGUUUAUGCUUUACAAUGGAAAAAAAAUUGCAACGUAAUGCAUAACAGUGUAAUAGUAGUAGCAGUAGGGGAAGGGGACGUUGUUGAAGUUUUUCACGGUGCUUUCACUUCCUUCGAAAUUCUUUUCGUACAAAUAUUACAAAAAUAAAGUUGAUCUUGAGAUAAAAAGCGAGUCGCUUUGAAAGCCUUCGCAGAGCAUCCGUCGACACGGGGUAUUGAAUUUGUUUCAAGUUUAAAUUGGGCUCCUUCGUGAGCUUCCCGGGGAUACUUGUUCCUCCUCUUCGAGCAAACAUCGAGGUAUCCAAAAUGAACGGGCUGGCUAGGCUCUUAAUGAUCCUUCGCGAAUGGAUUUGGGAUAUAUACACGUACAUGUACAGUUUUUUUUUUUUUAACGAAUGAUAACGUUUUCACCCAGGAAACAGUAAAACACCUUUUUAACCGUAUCUUUUAUCCGUAUUUACACGUACGCUUUUUAAGAAACAUUUUGCAGACACAAGGACGAAAAAACAGUUCGUAUCGCGUGACGUAAUUCAUUUUUCUAAUUCGCUUCUUAUCACGAUUCUUUUUUCAAUAAAAAGUGAAACUAACAAAUCGUUUGUUGCGACGAUAUCGAGUGCAUUCUCGUUUAUCAUCGAAAGUUUUCCGCAGAAACCAAAGGGGGAUCGAAUAUAACUUGAAAGGAACUUGACUGAAUAAGAGCGGAGAUAUUGAAGCUCAUCGUGAACGCGCGAAACCAAUGUGUUCCGCAAAAAGAAAAAGAGCAAGGGUUGCCGCGGUGUGUUUUGCGAUCUCGCGUCUCGUGGAUUUUCUACUUCACUGUCAACCGGAAGAAAAGAGAUCCACAGCGAGAAUUGAUCUGGAGACCACCAACCCUUCUGUCAUCUCUAACAAAACUCGCAUACACACUCACGUCUCACCAUACCGAGAGCAUAGGGACACAAGCACAUACAGCUCCACAUGAGAAAAAAACACCGUGUCGAUUAAAUAAAUAAGCCUUAAAUUUAGGAUUAAGUUGCGGAGAGGUACGACCGAGCGAAACGAAGGAGAAGAGAAAAGAAAGAGAGCGAGAGAAAGAUUGCUUAUACUGUACGAGCCUGCGAGAAAUGACGCGAAAAAUUCCCGUUUUUCCUCCAUCUCACUCCUGAAUUUUCUGUUUUUCCUUCAUCUCAUUAUUAUUCGAUCGAUUAUCAAUUCAACAAUUCUCACCUUAUGUGCGCACCUUCCUUUUUUCCUCUCUCCACAGAGAUUCUUGCCUCCGUUCUUCGCAACACUAAAUUUUCCGUGCCUCUUUUUCGCGUCGCUCACCAUCUUGCCCGACAUUAAAAAAAAAAGAAAAUCUCUCCUUUCCUUCGUUUUUCAUUCAAUUAGUUUUUAAGCUUCGUUGUACGGAGAAAAAGACAAUUCGAAAAGAAUUCUUCGAUCUCAAUCGUUCCGUGGGCCUUUCAUCCCGCGGACACGAUUCCUCUUGGCGCGGGGAGGAGGGAUGAGCGCGUGAGCACGCGGACGCGGCCUCAGCAUCCGGGAUCAUUCCGGAGAGAUGAAGAGAAGUCCUGCCGCCGCUCCCGAUCGUUCACGCGCGCGUCCGCCCGCCCGCGCGUCAAAGCCGUGAAAAUUGUAAAAAUCGUUUGAUUAAUUAGGACAUCUCGAGGGGCUAGGGUUUCGUUUGUUAAGCGACCGAUGACACGGAUUUGUGUCGGCGGGAGGGAGGAAAAAAGCCCUUCGCUGCUUGCCAAGAGCGGCGGAGAAUCGACGCAGGAUGUCGACUCGUCGACAUGACAAAAUAUAUAUAUAUAUAUAUAUACACGUACAUAUUCUUUUUAUCCUUCCUCUCGCCGCCACUGUAUAUGAAGAUGAACGCGGCGGAAAAACGCGGCCGCGCGACGCGAUCCGGCGUGAAGGACGUCGGAGGGAAGAGUUAAUUCAUUAAUGCGGUAUUAUAUGCGCAUCUCCUCGAAACUUCGUGGAAGAUGAAGGGAAGAUCACUCACCCCCUCUUCCCUCCCCGUCGCUCGCAUCGUGGUGUGAGCGCGCGAGCCGCCGAGAAUUGUCCGCUAGCGCGGGCAAGAGAGUGCACUUGACUAUUUGAGCGAAUCGAGAGACCAUGUACCUUGAUAUAUAUACACACACACACACAUACACAAACACACACAGCACACACAUAUAGUUUAGUAUAUUUCAAUGAGUGUGCGUAUGAGUGCGACAGAGAAUGCGUGCGUGCCAAAAUAAGCUGGAGCGAGUGAGCGAAAGGGGAAAAUGAGAGUGAGAAAAAGAACAAAAAUAUAUAUAUAUAUAUAUUAUAGAAAUAUGUAUACAUGCAUACAUAGAAAGAGUAAGCGUGGUGUCGAGUAAGCGUGCGUAUGUGUAUGAGCAAAAGAGCUUCCUCUUCCAGGGACACGUUGCUCCUACCGAUCAGGUCAAUUUUUUAAAAGUUGCUAAUUGACACAUGUUACUCAAAAAUGAAAGACAACGCGUGCGUACAUUGUCAAAUAUAUUUCUUUCACGCGCGUCACCAUCUGCGUCGUAUCCGCCUCUGUUUAUCUCUCGACAGACGAAGAGACGAAGUUUCGGCCAUACGGAAGUUUCGUGACGUACACGUAAACGCGGUUAAUGAUGACGCGACAUUUCGGUAAGGCACGGCGCGUCAUUUGUCAGAGGAUCGUCGGAGAAACGUGUUGCCUUGGAUCAGAAUUGUUUUCGCAUAUGCGCCCGCAAAUGUCCGCAUGAUGUGGAGCGACAUGUUUGGCCGCGUCGCAAGUAGCGCGCGUGUGAAAGCAACUUUCCCUAUUUGGUAAAUAAGCGAGUAAGAUUCCCGUUUUCCUCUUGUAAUUUCUCGACGCAGGGGGGAGGGGAGAUAUCUGCGUGCGAGAUAUUCGCGCGAAAUCCAUAACCUUUGAUAAAGGAAGAUCUUGCUGCGCGAUUGAUUGCAAAUCUAAUCAAUAGGGAAAAGAGGCGUUGUCUGAUAUUAAAAAAGAAAAAGAAACAAAUUAUAAGCGAUUCUUUGAUUCGGAUGUGUGACCGCUUAUAAAAAAAUGUACACACGAAAAAUCAAUUGAAUCGUCCAAACUUGAACAAUAUACAUAUGUAUAUAUAUAGUAUAUGUAAUAUAUAUAUAUAUAUAUGUGUGUAAUUUUAAAUCAGCUUUAAAAAACUUUAAAGGAAGAUUGAGAAGAGCUUUAAAAAAUUCAAACUAAAGUACAAUGAUGAUUGCAAUCUAUGGUAAAUAUUUAAUUUUUAAUGACAUAAUAUUACAAUCGGCUAAAGAUUUUCCUUUGUCAUUAUGUUACAUUAAGUCUGUAACAAAUACAUCGGUAAAUCGUUUCUUAUCACUUGCUGAGAAUUGGCUGAUCGUUUAUUGCGAUUAUUCUAAAAGGGGUUGCGCCUUCAAACGUGUGGAAAAUUUGAUAGCUUUACAAAAAAUA